AUGUCCGAUCUGUUCGAGGCCCAGGAUGAGGUUACCCAAAACGAAUGUGAUGCAUACGCGCGGAGCCUUGCAAAGAGCUCCGUGACACCGCUGCCUUGGCAAGGAUUUCACAGCUACACAUUACUCUCCGCCUCAGGCAUUAUCAUUCAAUUUCAAUUUAAAGCUUCGCCUCUCGAUAAUUCAACCGUUAAGAUCGCCAAAAGCAUUCAUCCCUACCUGACACCAACUACUACCUACUAUGGUUCCAUGCCAAACUCGUCAGUUACUAUCUGGGUGAUGGAUGCCCUUCCAGGUAUCGGAUUUCUGUUCAUAGUCAGCAGUAUUACACUAGCUAAGCAAGAUAUUAUAAUAACCGAUUUGGCCAAGUUCUACGCAAAGUCGUGGAAAAAUGCCUAA